CGCGGCCGCCGCCGUCGCCGCGGCCGGCCAGGAAGUCGGCGGGCCGCAGAGUCCGGCUGGUUCCGCGAGCCGCUCACCAACUGGUACCACCGGUACCGGUUCCGUGCCGAAUCGCGGUGCGACUCCCGAUGAAGAGGACCGUGACGCCAACGCCACACCCGGAUCCGAGAACACCGAGCGAUCCACCCCGGAGGAGGGACGACCGUACAGACUGGGGCCUGUGUUCGGGGGCCGAUGCGGCGCGGAGGCGCUCGGUCUGGGGCUAGGGCUGUCACCGGGCCCGGCCUACAGGUUCGCUCUGCCCCCGGGACUCGCUGCCAAGACCACCCGCUGCCUUGUAUUCGACCAAGGUAAGUGUAGCCCCACACACACGACGUUAUCAGCCAUUCAAAGUAGUAGAAUGUCUUUUCUCAUCAACAGCUUUAUCUUUAACGCCUGUGUAUACGCUCGCAAGAAGAAAUUUCCCUCAGAUCCAUCUUGCUGCCCGGUAUGCGGAGUGACAGUGAGGCCUCAAGAAUUAGAACAGCAUUUUGCUCAAGAACUCGAUCGACUGUAUAAGGUUUCCACGACGCCCUCAAGGCCUCGAUCCUCAAGAUCAACCUUACCUCCGACGCACCCAGAUCAUCCCCAUGGCCCGAUGCUGCACGCCCCAUCGGCGGCGGACGGUACUCCUCAGGGUAGAUGGGAGACGUACAAGAGGAUCAAGGCGAAUAGACAGGCCAGAAUACGCGUUAAGAAUAGGAAGAGAAAAGCGGACGAGGCAUCCUGUCCGGUUUGCAGCGAGAGAUUAUCUGGCACUCCAGAGGAAUUGAAUCAGCACGUCGAUCGAUGCUUGAAUAAGCAGAACAAUGGGAAUCCGGCCGGACAGAACGCGAAUCUCGACGAGGAGGAGGUCGACGUCGAGGGCGACGCCGAGACCUUCGAGGAAUACGAAUGGGCCGGUCAGAGAAGAGUGCGCGCCACUUCUAUGCUAGUCGGUGGAUUUUCCGCCGCGGGUCUCGCGACCUCCUCGAGCAAUCGCUCCGGCAGCGGCGUCGGGGGCGGGGGCGGUAAUCAGGAGGAAGAGGACGUGGACCUCGUGGUCGACGGGGACGACGCUGCCGAGUUCGGUCCGGCUCAGUAUUCCGAGGCGGACGUGGUCGCGCCGCGAAUCGACGGGACGCCGCGCGAGCAGAAGGAACGAGACGCUCUUCGCGAGGCCGUAAUCUCGCCGAACGCGCCGCACACGCCGCAACAGCUGACCCCGGAUUCCGGUCUGACGGGAGCGCAGGGCCUGGUCGAGGUGAAACCGGAACCGGGCGCCACGACGCCCGUCGCCCAGCAGAACGAUCCCGAGGAAGGCGCAUCCGGCUCGCCCAGGAGAGACGGCGACACGCCCGUCAUGGAGGCCCUUCGCGGUCGAAUCCGCGAGCUCGAGGCCGAGAUGCGCGGCCAGCUCUUCAAGUGUCUCAUCUGCAUGGAACAAUACAAGAAACCAGUCACUUCAGUGUGCUGCUGGCAUGUACACUGCGAGCAAUGCUGGCUGCAUACGCUGGGCGCGAAGAAGCUCUGUCCUCAAUGCAACAUGAUAACGUCGCCAUCUGAUUUGCGGCGCAUCUAUAUGUGAAUGAGUCAGCUCGACAUCCCUGUGAGAAAUUCGCGGGUCAACCGGGAUUCUCCGGAUCUUCAACCGGGCAACGUUAUCGUUCUGUAAAUACCUGUAUAUUUCUCUGCGUUACGUAAAUUAACUCUUUAGAAUUAAUAUGUACGUUUAUGCAUCAUAGAGCUAGUAAAUUAACUUCGUUAGUUCUUAACAAUCGUCAACCGAGGGUCGCUCUAGGAUCAUUCGAUACAGAGUUUUUGUGCAUCAAUAAAUAUCGCGACCGUAUUCGUUCGCAAAUUCAUAGUUUUUGGAAAUUUGUGAGAUUAUCUCCGCGUUUGUUUUUUCUUCUACACGUAUUGACAAAGUCGAUGCGUUGAUUUAUUUUUGCGAUGACUUUCACGCGAUUCUGUCAAAAUGGAAUGUACUCUAAUUAAUAUAUUCUAACGAUUUUUAAUUAUGACUUUUUGAUACUUUGAACACUUUUGCGACGAUUCUUGUUAUGUUUACAAAUCACGUAUAUGUUACAAAAUAAUUCCUCACAAUUCUUUAAACGACAGCAAAUUGUAUUAUCACAUUGUAUUAUAAACUUCAUAUAUACAUCUGGAUUAACGAAGGCUCAUUGUUUGUUAAAUACGCGAUAUAUCGAUCUUUGUCGACGAAAAGCGACAUACGCUCUACAAUAUCUUCGUUUCACAAACGAGAUUACAGAUUCUUAAGAUUACGAAAGGACGAUGCGAAGGAGAGCCGAUCGCUACGUCAUUUUUUCGUUUCGAUACGAUUUUUAUCAUAUGCAACAAAUUUGCAUUUUAUGAUUCUUUUUAGCGAUCGGUCUUUGACACGUCGGCCGUUUGGUAUAAUUACCAAAAACUUUUAGAUCAUCGCCAAACCAGUCUCUCGCGAUGCACCAGCGAACUAAUGUAAAUACACUAAACGGAUCAAGAAGAGAAAAAUAAAUCCCCCGAUCGCUGUUCUGUAAUCGAAAUAAACGAUCAUGGAAUGUACAACAAUA